AUGGAGCUUUGCUCAGUUCCUUCACCUGCUUUAAUUACUUCCUCGUCAUCUUCGUCGCGUCCUCUAAGGGAUAUUGAAAUAUCCAACGCCCUUAAUUAUGGCAGCGACGAGGACUCCGAAGAAGAUGGCGAAGAAGAAAUUGGACUCCAAUCCACCAUAGUCCCCAGGGUGGUACAAAUGUUCGCGGCAUCGGAGGAUGAGGGUGAAGGUGGGGAAGUAGACGCAUUUAUUUCUUUUUCCUGGCCUCCGACAUCCAAUGAUCACCCACCUGUCCCUAACUCUUCCGGUCCCAUUCCUUCCACAUCCCAUGUUCCUGAUUAUUCUGUUCCGCCUUCCUUACCUACCCAUACUCCCUCGUCCCCAUCCUGUCCCAUGUCGGAGCCAGGAAAUAAAUUUGAUUUUAAAUGGAGGGGGUUCCCGCAACCUCAAACUCCUCCUGAGCUGAGGAGGGAACCGUUCUCCCAGAUAAACUGUGGGCCCACGGUUCCAUAUGCGAGCCCAUAUGACGCAUUUACUGCCAUAUGGGAUCGCGAUAUAAUGGAACACAUUGCCAUGGAGACGAAUCGAUAUGCACAACAGCUUGCAACGGUCAUGCUGGUGGACGGUUCGCUCUGUCCGAGCAGCCGCAUCACCAAAUGGAAAGACACCGACGUAAGUGAAUUGCACGUGUAUUUCGCUAUAAUCCUCGCUACCGGGAUUGUGGUGAAAUCACGUCUCGAGGAGUACUGGAACAGCACGCUGGACAUUUUCAGUACCCCCGGGUUCACUGCGGCGAUGACGUAUGACCGCUUCAUGCUGUUGAGCAAAUGUCUCCACUUUCAGGAUAAUGACGGUUGCGAUCCUGAACUGAUGACACGGGCUCAGGCCAAGUUGUUUAAGGUGCAGCCAAUUUUGGAUCACCUUAACAACAAAUUCCAACAAUUAUAUGUUUUGGGUCAAAACGUGUCUGUGGAUGAAAGUCUGACCAUGUGGAAGGGUUGGUUAGAUAUUAACCAAUUCAUCCGCAACAAAGCAGCUACAGUAGGAAUUAAAACAUACGAGGUGUGUGAGUCCCAGACUGGUUACUUGUGGCGCUUUGAAGUCCACGCAGGCCAUGAUACCUCCUCAGACCCACAAGAGGACAGUCCAGUUUCUGGGAAAGUGCCAGCUCUUGUGCUCAGACUUUUAAAUGGUCUUGAGCAUAAGGGCCACACGAUUUGGAUGGAUAAUUUCUACAAUUCUCCCGCGCUUGCGCGAGAAUUGAAAGUUCGGGGGUUUGACUGCGUGGGGACCUUACGAACGAAUCGUCAGUUUGUUCCCAUUGAGCUGACGAAUCUUACGAAAAAAGACAUGGCGAUAGGUCAGGUGAACGGUUGCACUUCGGGGGAUGUGGACCUCAUCGUAUACCGGGACAAAAACCGUGUGGCAUUUGUCUCGACAUACCAUGGGCUAGCAACCGCGAUGUGCGGCGAUACACACAAGCCCACCGUCAUACCAGACUAUAAUGUCUGUAUGGGGGGGGUUGAUCGCAAAGACCAGAUGCUCGCCAUGUACCCCAUUGAAAGAAGGCGGAACAAAAUCUGGUACAAAAAGUUUUUCAGGAAGCUCUUGAAUGCUAGUGUUCUAAAUGCCUACAUACUCCACAAGGCACACCGCUCAAUUUCUCACCGAAAUUUUCGCCAAACUUUGGUGAGGGAAUUGUUGGCAGCACACACACCACCAGCACCUACCCGUGCACUGCCGAACACCUGGCAUUUUCCGGGGCAAUACGAUCUGCUCCCGGGAACAACACGGAACGAGCACCAGAGGCGUAGUUGUUCAGUUUGCAAAAAGCGAACAUCAAGCUUUUGCAAAGCCUGCAACGUGCCCCUGUGUGUGUUUGGUUGCUUUGAGUCAUAUCACACUUCACAGUAA